AUGAUUGAGUCACUCACCGUGUUGACGUUCAACGUCCGAUCGAUGAAGAACGCAGUCAACCAAGUCAAAAUCAUCCGUUAUCUCAAAACCCUUCGGCCGGCCCCUGCGGCCAUCCUCCUGCAAGAGCACCACCUCAGCUACAACGCGUCGCGCGAAGGCUUCGAGAGUGCUUGGCCGGGGGCUUGUAUUCGUUUCACUCCUCAUGUCCUUACCCUCAUACCCGAUGGCUCACCUUUGGCGGGCCAUCUCCUUUCCUCUACCCCGGUCGUCUUUGCAGGAGCUCCUCGUUUCGACGGUCGGAUUCUGCGCUCGGUGUUUCGUCUUGAGGAGCUCGAUGUCGAGAUCAUCAACAUGUACGCGCCGGUGCAGGAGGACGAUCGUCGCGACUUUUUCGGGCUUCUGCACUUCAACGCCCCGAGACCCAAGACUCUUCGGAUCUUGGCCGGCGAUCUCAACGAUUGUCCGGAUGUAUCGGUCGACCGAGUGUCCAUCACCGAUCGCGCUUGGACUCCUGUAUCGCACUGGCAGACCUUGCUGUCAAAGAUCGCGUUCAAGGCACUCGACACGGUCCGACAUGUCCAUUCUUGCACCCCUGCAUUCACUCGUCCUCACUACCGUGGUAGAGGGGAAGAGCGAAAGAUUUGCUCGUGGUCGCGGAUCGACUAUAUUCUUGUCCAAUGCAGUUGGGCGAACCGGUUGUUGAGCGCUUCUACGCUCUUCGAUGCGCCCUGUUCGGACCACAGACCUGUAGUUGCGACUUUCGCUUUGCCUACAUCGAACGCUGAUGCCGAACCCCCCCUUUCUCUUCCCUCCACGAGCGAUUUCAUUUCGAGGCUCAACCCAAUGGUCUUUGACGAUCAAGACUUUGUCGCAUCGAUUCCCGGGGUCGUCGACGAGGUCUAUCAAAGGCUCGAGGGGACCGCUCCGCUCGGCGACGUCUAUGACGCCGCUCUGCGGGCGGUUGCAGUCGCUGGCCAUGCACGAUACCGCUCGACUCGUGCCGACAUGCGCCGACUGCGGGCCGAGAGCCAAUCCGUCAUGGAGGCUUUGGAGGCACGCGGUGAGCACAUGAAUGAGGCCGAGCGCGAUGCGUAUGCUCUUGCCAAGUCGCGGUUGGACCAGUUGGCGGUAAAGGAGGCUCAGUGGCUGCGCAUUCGUGCGCAUGUGCCGUCAGUCGACACGAGGGAAGGUCAAUCGGCAAGCAUUCGCACGCGCCUCAACCGCCGGAGUCGCCAGACGAGCAUCGUCUCGCUGGAGGAUGUGGAUGGCACCGAGACCGUUGACAUGCAGGAGGCGCUGGGUAUUGCUUCACGGCACGCGCAGUCGCUCUUCACGCCGGACCCAGCUCGUGGCGACCCGACGAACGCACGCCGGUCCCUGCUCGACCCUAUUCGCGCAGCGAAAUGCUACGAUGACGACCGCUCGGACCCUACGUUCGGUCGUCGGCUGCCUCGUCAAGCGAGAGUGGCGCUUGACGAGCCCUUCACCCUCCUCGAGGUUGAAGCGGCGUUGAAGAAGACGGAUUCGGGGCGAUCACCGGGGCCCUCGGGCAUUCCGUACGAGCUCUUCAAGGCGCUGCCAACCUACUUUGCUCCCAAGCUGUUGGACUUGUUCAACUCGAUUUGGGAGGGCGGCAAAAUGGCGGCGUCCUUGGCAGAGGGGCUGGUGCGGCUCUUGCCCAAGAAUAAACCGGGGGCCAAUCUGAAAUCACUGGGGGCAUACCGACCGAUCACAUUGCGCGAGACGACCUACAAGGUCCUCAGCAAGGUCUUGGUGGCGCGACUCAAUGGGGUGCUCGGCGAGCUUUUGCCGCCGGCGCAACACGGUUUCAUGCCAUCAAGACGUUCAGCGGACGCGGGAAGUCAUCUCACUCUCCUUCUCGAAAAACUCAAGUCGCUAGGCACUGAUGUUUUCCCCGAGGGCGCCCUCUUGUCCUUGGAUCAGCAGAGCGCGUACGAUCGGGUCGAUCACGCCUGGAUCUUCGAGGUCUUUGAGGCCUUUGGGUUCGGUGAGCGUUUCAUCUCGCUGCUGCGCGCUCUCUACGAUCCCGAGACUCUGGGGGUGCGCUACCUUGUCAAUGGUUUCCCCACGGACUUGGUGCGGUUGCUGUGUGGUCUCGGUCAGGGGGAUCCCCUCUCGUGCCCGGUUUGGAACAUCACGUUCCAGCCCUUCCUCGAUGCCCUCGUUCGGCGCGGGAUCGCGCUCGACCUGCAGAAGGUGUGGCCAGGGGGGCCGCGUGCGCAGCUUACGCAUCUGGCGUUUGCCGACGAUGCUGUGGUGGUGGUGGAGUCACCGGCGGCAUUGUCGAAGCUGCAAACGCUGUCGCAGACGUGGUACGAGGCUACCAACGGGAAGACCAACACGGACAAGACGCUGGUGCUACCACUCGGACCGAACUGGCUUCGGGACGAGACUGCGCAGGCGCUGCCAACGGUGCAGGAGGGGGAGAGCUUCAAGUGGUGCGGCUAUGCCUUCUUUCGCCACGGUGACUCGAAACUGUUUUGGACCCAUGUUCUUGACAGGAUCAAGGCCAAGACCCGCGCCGCUCGAGACCGGACACUUUCGCCGAGUGGGAAGGUUUUCUAUGCCAACGCUCACAUCAUCUCGACGGUCCUCCACGUGCUGUCCUUCGACAUACCGCCUCAAUGGUUCAUUAAGGCGGCGGAGACGGCACUUACGGACUUUGUCUAGGGAGGAGCAGGGCGAAAUACCGUCGCUCGCGAUUUCGUGUUCCAGGCUCGGGAGGACGGUGGCUUGGGUUUGAUUUCGAUUGGCGACAUCGUUCAUUCGGUGGCGCUUCGAUUUUGGGAUGCUGUGGCGGGCUCGGACGAGGCGAUCUGGGCGCCCCUAGCUCGCGAGAGCUGGAGGUCCCUCGUCGCUGCGACCCGCGAUUUCAGUCCGUGGGGGUUCUUCAGCAGCACGGCUCGGGUCGAGAAGCUGUAUCGCGACUCGACGCGCUGGGGGGCAGUCGUUGCAGCGGCCAGGGUCACAGUUCCAACCAUCAAGUCCGAACUCCUUACGCUUCCCGAAUUGCUCUCGCUUCCGCCUCGCCUCCCUUCACUCUAUGCUGAAGGUGCCCAGCACGCAUAUGACGAUGCGGACGCGGUGGCGAAGUUUGCGCAGAUCGCGGACCUGUACUGGAGGGACGAAGGGAAGGGAUGGGCUCUGGUUGGUCAUCGACGCGGGUUCUGGCAGCACUCUAAGGAACCCGCCCUACAGCACGAGCACGUGUGGUCGCGCGUGGGUCAGUUGCUCAAGGCGAAAGCGUUGCUGCCCAAGACCGCGUUGCGACCUGCUCGGAUACCUCUCAAGGAGGCUCCCCGUCCUCGGUGCUUCAACUUCUUUGGGCUCUCCCGACCUUUUACGAUUCGCAAGCUUCGUCGGCUUGUGAACAAGGUGCGGUUCCCAGGGAGGGAGGACCGUGUCAAGCGUUUCCCUGAUGGGACUUCUCAGAGCGAUAGGAAGCGCUUCUGGAGAUGGCUUCAUGACCGGUUCGCGUCUGCUGUCGAGCAGGACACCCACUGGCGGCUCAUGUACGACGUGACGCCGACGCGCAAGAGGCAGCAUACUCAGGGUCAUGCCUCUUCGCCGACGUGUCUGUUCUGCGGCAACGAUGCAGCGGUCAUCGAGACGGUGUCCCACUACUUUUUCGAGUGCGCGUACUCGACCAGCUUCUGGGGUGGGGUGCUACGCAUUCUGCUUGACAAGCUCGGCAUCGAGGAUACCGACGUCGAUCCGUCGACGUUCACUCCGGAGCAGCUGACUAUGGGGCUCCCCCUUUUGCGGGGUCGUGGGAGAACGACCUCGAAAUGGAUGUGGGUUCGGCUGGCCUGCGCGAUCGGCUUCCAGCGGCUGCACCUGCUCCGCUGGCGCGUUCAUCAGCGGUUCGAGCUGGACAACGUCGUGGCCCCUCCCUCGCUUCCCAGUGCGCUCAGAGCGUUCGAGCGAGAUUUUCUCUCUCGAGCGGGUUUUGUGCCUGGGGUUCGAGAUUGGGAGGUGUGAUGACCGAGUUAAGUCCUUCCUUCCCAUUUUCCUCCCCUCCUUUCCUCCCUUCCUUUUCGGUCAGAAGCUGACUGUCUUGAAACUUGUUGCGCAGUGGAAGGCUGCGCACCUCUCCCUCUCUCUCUACUUUGUGCAGUAGCGGUUUUCGUUCUUGGAUGGAUCGGCAAGCCGGGUCGAUCGUCGUUGCGUUGGAGGCUUUGUGAAGUUCUCCCCUCUCUUUCCCCUUUCUCCCUUCCCUUCCUCUUCUCGUUCCUGUUGCUCGGUUGUUGACUACGCUUCAGCCACUUCUCCUUUUAUUCCUAAGCCGUGUGUUGGAUUCCGUCGAAUAGAUCGUUCGUUCGCGUUGGUCAAGAUCUACGGCAUGGAUCGGGAAGAAAGGUCGCUCGUUUUUUUGGUCAAUAUCCUCGCGUCAAGGCGAGGCUUGUUUCGUUGUAUUGGAUCGUUUUCGCUCGGCCCCGACGGCUCAACAGCCAGCACUCGAGACUCAGCCAAGGGAGGACAUCAGGCGCUGUCGGGGUGACGAGUAG